GUUGUUGCUGCCUUUCCAUCCUUCUAUAAAAGGCAGAGCAUUUGAUAGGAAGGCUUCUAUCACCGAGAGAAUGCCAAGAGGGAUUGCAAAGAUUCAUGCAAAAUCAGGGCACAUCAAGCAAAGGGAACUUGAAAAUAAUCCAAUUUGCUCAAUUCCAUUUUAUACACAAUCCGUAUAUUUUUUUUCUGUUGAUUUCUAGCUAAUUUCUUCCAUACCUUUUCAUUCUUUCCCCAGAAAAGAACAGGCAUGAGGAGGCUGAAAGGAGGCAAGGCGCCGAAAAGGUCACAUGGGCGUCGAGGCAGGAAGAACUUUCCAUUUUCGAGCAGGGAAACCAGUAGUCUCGGAAAGAGCCCCAGAGUUGCAAACAAAUCCAGGCUCCUGCAGGUUGAGGUGAUGGAAGCCGGAUUGGCAAACAUGGUAGUGCAGAUGAGUGACUCGGCUAAGUGGCUAAUGGCAGCAAGAGAAGCAGCCGACCUGACCGAGUCAGAAUUCGCACUGCUCAUCAGGAGAAGAAAUAACCUGGUGGAUAACCUGAUUAGGAGAAAAAAUGAGCUUUUGAAAAUGAAGGGAGUUGAAGCUUUCCUGAUGCUUAAGCUGGGUUUCCAUUGAAUUGGAGAAUUAAGUGAAUUAACCUUAUUUUAAAAUGUACUUCAGCUUGAUGGAUAAAAUUAAUAACUGCCAGAUUGCUAGAGACUUGACUUGUGUUUCAUGAAAUCUGUGUUUGGUUUUGCUGCUGUAUCAUAGUGUGCCAAAUUUCUAAAGUUUAGGCAUUAACAUAGGAACAUGUUAUAACCAAAGCUCCACUGCUCAAACAUUUAAAAAAAAAAAAAGAAAAAGACCUUUGCGUCAUUGAGGGAGGGCUCCCAAAGAAGGCGAGGAUCUGAGGCAUUGGCAAAUAAGGAGAGCAAAGCUAACAGAAAAAAAAUGCUAAUGCUACUAGGAAUUGAGCACCUUUCGUUGUUACAGCCUAUAAGUAAA